AAGAAAGAAGCGAGCAUGGCAGGGGGGUCACUUGUUCCAGCUGGGGUGGCCAAAGAGAGGGCUGAAGAAUACCAAGGUAGAGUCACCCCUUAUGUGAUCAUUGCUUGUCUGGUUGCUGCUAUCGGAGGAUCCAUAUUUGGAUAUGACCUUGGAAUUUCAGUAAUCAGGGAAGAUACAAGGGUAUUAACCUUUAAAUAAGCUAAUGAUUAAGGAAGAUGUGGAUUAGUCUAUUCGGCCACCAACAGCUUAGCAUAGAUCAAUUAGGCCAUCACUACUAAUUCUAAGAGAUCAGACAACUCUUUUGUGGAUUUCCCUGGUUAGCAUUACAUAUUCAAGGACUCCUUCCGAAUCCAGGUGGGGUUGCAUCAAUGGAUGAUUUUCUCCACCGAUUUUUCUACACCGUGUACAAAAACGAAAAGCAUGCACAUGAAAACAACUACUGCAAGUACAAUAAUGAAGGUCUUGCAGCAUUUACCUCAUCUUUGUACCUAGCUGGUUUGGUUGCAUCUCUUUUAGCCUCGCCUGUAACCAGGAAGUGUGGCCGUAAGAGAAGUAUAAUUUAUGGUGGAAUCAGCUUCCUGAUUGGAGCAGCCCUCAAUGCCGGAGCUAUCAACCUUGCUAUGCUUCUUUUGGGCCGUAUCAUGCUGGGCGUUGGUAUUGGCUUUGGAAAUCAGGCAGUUCCGUUGUAUUUGUCUGAAAUGGCACCAGCACAUCUCCGAGGUGGGCUAAACAUGAUGUUUCAAUUAGCAACAACUCUUGGAAUCUUCUCAGCGAACAUGAUUAAUUACGGAACUAAUAAGAUCCACCCAUGGGGAUGGAGGCUUUCUCUUGGUCUAGCUGCAGCACCAGCUUGCUUGAUGACGGUAGGAGGUUUGCUCCUUCCGGAGACACCAAACAGCUUAAUUGAACGGGGGUUGGAAGAAGAAGGAAGAAAAGUGUUGGAAAAAAUAAGAGGAACUCCAAAUGUGAGUGCAGAAUUUGAAGACAUGGUGGAAGCAAGCAAAUUGGCUAACUCCAUCAAGCAUCCAUUCAGAGACAUUCUAAAGAAAAGGAACAGACCACAGCUGGUGAUGGCAAUCUUCAUGCCAAUGUUCCAGAUUCUGACAGGCAUAAAUUCAAUACUCUUCUAUGCCCCUGUCCUGUUCCGAAGCAUGGGGUUCAAGGGAAAUGCUCCCCUGUACUCCUCGGCUUUGACCGGAGCUGUUCUUGCAUCAUCAACACUGGUCUCCAUGGCAACGGUAGACAGAUGGGGUCGAAGAUUUCUAUUGAUUGGUGGAGGCAUUCAAAUGAUCACAUGCCAGACUAUUGUUGCCAUAAUAUUGGGCCUCAAAUUUGGCAACAACAAGGAACUGUCAAAAGGCUUUUCAGUCCUCGUGGUGGUGGUCAUGUGCCUUUUUGUUGUGGCCUUCGGAUGGUCUUGGGGUCCGCUUGGUUGGACCGUGCCAAGUGAAAUAUUCCCAUUGGAGACGCGCUCGGCAGGACAGAGUAUUACAGUGGCAGUCAAUCUUCUCUUUACUUUCAUCAUAGCACAAUCAUUCCUCGGGCUCCUCUGUGCUUUCAAGUUUGGGAUUUUCCUCUUCUUCGCAGGCUGGAUCACCGUCAUGACAAUAUUCGUUUAUAUAUUCCUACCAGAAACAAAAGGAGUGCCCAUAGAAGAGAUGAUACUGUUAUGGCAAAAGCAUUGGUUCUGGAAGAAGAUUGUAUCGGAGAAUCCAGAAGUUGAAAAGAAUGAUGAGUAAUGACACGAAGACUAGUAUAGUUUCAUGAAAUCACUAAUCAGAAAAUUAAGGUGAAAAAAAUGGAAUGUAUCAGAACGUCAAUGAAAGCACGAGACAAUAACAGUCAGAGCUGUUUUUUCAGCUUCAUGCAACAUUCUCUGCCGCAUUAUGUAUCCCCUGUAUCUGGGAAAGCUUGAUUACCAUGCUUCAAAUAAACCAUAUUGUAGUGCUUUUGAAACAAGCAA